AUGUCUCACUCUCUCAGGACCGCAGGCGACAAAAAGAUAGAAUUUGUGCCGGGAUUGGCCAGUAGCUUCAAACGGCCAAAACGCGCUGACGGAGACAGUGUGACCAGGGAUCAGAUCAUGAUGUUAUGGGCGUCCUUCUACGGUGCUAUCCCUUCCAUCUCAUCAGAGAACACUUUGCUGGGGGAGAAGGACAAAGUGAACGACCAGACAAUCGCAGUGCGAAACGCCACCGGCAGCCUUGGCAUGGAUAUUUUUACUCUGAACCGUUCGAAUCGAUUGGUCGUUUCGUCCCGCAUGCUUCUGCACUCAUGCGGUGGAUGA